AUGUUACGUUGGCCGUUAUUAUGCAUGCUAUUGUUUCCAUUGGCUGGCUGUUCGUAUGUUCUGGAUAGUGUAUUUUCUGCACCAGCCAUAAAGAAAGAUGAAACAAUUUAUAAGGACAAAUAUGGUUACUUAUCAAUGAAAGAUUUUGGUGAACAACGACCACUGAAACGAUUACGUCCAUGUUUCUACAGCCCUAUACAAUGUUUGAUGAAAAAACGAACUGCACGUAUUGAAAACUUCAUGGAUAAUUAUAGAUGA